UUGUUUCCUCUCUUUGGCAGCUUCGACGUGGACAAUGGCACGUCGUCGGGUCGCAGCCCCCUGGACCCCAUGGCCAGCCCGGGCUCCGGCCUCAUCCUGCAGGCCAACUUCGUCCACAGCCAGCGGAGAGAGUCGUUCCUGUACCGCUCCGACAGCGACUACGACCUCUCGCCCAAAUCCAUGUCCCGAAACUCCUCCAUCGCCAGUGACAUUCACGGUGACGAUAUGAUUGUAACGCCGUUCCUCCAGGUCCUCGCCAGCUUGAGAACCGUACGAAACAACUUCGGCGCAUUAACUAAUCUACAGCAAGACCGGGCAUCCAACAAGAGAUCACCCAUGUGUAACCCACCACCCAUCACCAAGACCACCUUCACUGGUACGUGAACAGCAAGAGCAGCAUGACUUUGACGUGUUUGUGUGAUUAUGUGUGUGGGCCAGCAAUCGGGAAUAGACUUUUCUAUUGGAAAAGUAAACAUAAUUACUAUUAUUAGCACUAGAGGUAGCAGUUGACUUGAAUUGCCCCUAUAAAGCCUUCGUAAGCAGUUCAUGAACAUUAUUAUGUAUGCUUGUAAGAAAUAAAUCUUUGAUAAUAUAUUAACACACAACUACAACAGAAUAUAUCCUAUUCAUAGGUGACAUAUGUAGUCACAUUUUUACAUUGAUACACACUUGACACACACAG